AUGGUAGCUCCUAUAAACAGUGAGAAACAGUCGGAUUUCAGUGUUACACCCCCAAAGCCGUUUGUGGGAACUUAUAUUGUUUUGGUGGUAUUAGUAGCACAUUCAGUGAUAGGAUAUAGAAAAUAUGGAGUUGGUAGUAUUGGUAUUGGGAUGUUGUAUGCGAUGUUUACAUUGUCCUAUAUUAUAGACCAAUGGCCUUAUAUUAGUGAUAAAUGGGAUAAUGCAUCAGUUGCUUCGUUAGGAAAUGUACGAUUAGUAGUAAAUCAAAACUUGUUGUUAUGGAUAGUUGGAACCAUAUCUGCUACAACAUAUGCUUUUGAUAUUCAAGUGUUACAACAAGAUGACAUUCAAAAGAGUAGAGUCGCCAUAGCCGUCGCCCUUCUGAUUAUUCCAAUUGCCAUUAUCAAUCAACGAAGAUAA